CCAUGUGAUAUCUAAAAAGAAUGGGGCUUAACAUUGACAUUGACAUAACUCAACCGUGUUGCCCUAUGGAUAGCACGUGAAUAAACGUUUUGUGGAAUAAACCACUAAAACUAAACAUUCUUCCAGGGUUUAUCUCUGCAUUCUUCAGUGUAUAUGUUUUGUGGUGUAUAUAUAUGUUUUGUAAUCAGAUCAGAAAUCAGAUUGGAAUGAUGGAGAGGUUUUAAAAGUAUGUAAUUAUUUAAGGCUCUUAAAUCCUUAUCCACCAGGACGAUGAGUAACAGACUAUUUAGUAAAGUAUAUGCGAAAUAUAAGCAUUCAACAAAAGUAUUCAUUCCCAGAUUUUAUUCUAAUGCAACUGCAAAACCUCUACUACGUCCAUCAAAAACGAAAAGGAUAAGUCCUUAUGCGUGGAGCUUGCUGUCCAUACCAGCAGUUACUUUUGGACUUGGAAUGUGGCAAGUCCAAAGGAAGAAAUGGAAAGAGCAACUUCUUGCAGAUCUGUACUCUCGUACGCACAGUGAUCCUGUAGACCUACCUACAAACUUAGAAGACAUACGAGCACUAGAAUAUAGACCCGUCAGAGUAAAAGGAGAAUUUUUACACGACAAGGAAUUAUAUAUUGGUCCAAGGUCCUUGCUUACAGAAGGAGAUGCUUCAACUAAGAGCUCACUUAUUUCUAGUAAAACAAACACAAACCAGGGUUAUUUAGUUGUUACUCCAUUCAAGCUGAAGGAUAGAGAUGAAACAAUCCUAGUGAACAGAGGCUGGGUGCCAGUUCAAAAUAAAAAUGCAAAAACAAGGGAAAAUGGGCAAGUGAAAGGUGAGGUAAAUGUAAUUGGUGUCGUGAGGACAGAAGAAAACAGGCCAACAUUUUCAAUGAAAAAUAAGCCGGAUAGCAAACUAUUUUUCUACAGAGACUUGCCAACUAUGGCCAAACUGACACAUUCAGAUCAAAUAUAUCUAGAUGCAACAAAUGAUUUUGACAUUCCUGAAGGACCCAUUGGCGGACAAACGAGAGUGUCUUUGAGGAAUGAACACCUGUCUUACAUACUAACAUGGUUUUCUUUGAGCGCUGCUACUGGUUAUAUGUGGUAUAAAAGAUUUGUAGUUUAAGUUGUAUAUAAAACGUUGAAAUAUAUUAUGUUUAUCUUA